AUGGCGCUCCUCGAACAUGUGCAAAGCUUCAUCCAGAAAUACUGGGCAUGGAUAGCCGUGGGAGUCUUCCUGGUCAAGCUCCUAUACAACAAAUAUGGUCGGAAAUUAAAUUCAAUCCCUGGACCUUUCCUCGCCGGAUUUACUGACUUCUGGCGAUUCUUCAACGCGUGUUUCUCAACUCCCCACGACACCCAAAUCCGACUACACGGAGAAACGAAUUCCCGUUUCGUGCGAAUUGGCCCACGAACCAUUUCAAUCUCAGACCCGACACUGAUACCAACAAUUUAUGGAAUCAAUUCAGGCUUCACCAAGACUCGGUUCUACACACUCUCAAUGCUCCCAUUUAAAGGCAAAUUUACUCCUAGCCUGUUCACUGCUUUAGACGAGAACUAUCAUGCUCUAUAUAGGAAGCCUAUCGCCAACGCCUACAGCAUGUCGACAAUAGUCGAAUUCGAGCCGCUGGUAGACUCGACCUCCUCAUUACUUAUGUCCAGACUGGAUCAAUUUGCUGCCUCUGGAGCAUCACUGGAUUUUGGAGUUUGGCUUCAGCGAUACGCUUUCGACGUUCUGGGCGAAGUGCAGUUUAGUCAGAAGCUAGGCUUCCUUGAAUCAGGCACAGAUGUGCAGGGGAUUAUGGCAGACAUUCGAGGCAAGAUCGCGUAUGCCGGCUGUGUAGGACAAAUACCCUGUCUCGACGAAAUCCUGACGAAGAACCCCGUCUUUCUGAAAAUCGUCCCUACCCACCCAAUCGUCACAUUCACAUUGGACAGGAUGAAAGAGAGGGCGGCUGUGAGCGCUUUUGGCGGCGUGCAAAAGCGCGACUUUCUCACCAGAUCAUUCGAAGCUCAAGAAAAAUAUCCUGAUCUGGUGACGGACAGAAUGAUCCUCAUGUACAACUGUGACAAUGUUGGUGCUGGAAGUGACACCACCGCUAUCACAUUGCGAGCGAUCUUCUAUUAUCUGCUCAAGUCCCCACUGAUCAUGGCAAAAGUUGUCGACGAGAUCGAUGCUGCCGAUAGAGCCUGCCAGUUGAGCGAGUUUGUGACUUGGCAAGAGUCGAAUAGGCUGCCGUAUCUGCAAGCGUGCAUCAAAGAAGCAAUUCGCAUGCACCCUGCGGUCGGCUUGAUUCUGGAACGAUAUGUCCCAAAGGGAGGAAUCGCUUUAGCAGGUCAUUACUUCCCAGAAGGUACGAUCGUUGGCAUAAACCCAUGGGUGACAGCGCGAGACAAAGAUGUACAUGGGUUGGACGUCGACGUUUUUCGACCGGAGAGAUGGCUUGAGGCAUCGGAGGAACAACUCAUGGCCAUGGAAAGAGCCAACCUUGCAUUUGGCCAUGGCAAUCGAGCAUGUGUCGGUAAGAACAUUUCGCUUCUGGAAAUAGGCAAACUGGUCCCACAGCUGCUGCGGCAUUAUAGGAUUUCCCUUACCAGGCCCGACCUAGAGUGGAAGGUUUCUGGCGGCUGGUUUGUGUGGCAGGAUGGAUUGGAGGUGGUCAUUAGCAAAAGAACAGACAGACACGUCUCUUAG